AUGGCAACGUCGCCGGCCAGCAGCGCCUCUGGCGGCGGCCGCGAGAACCGUCGUUCCGUGGCACGCCACGUCGUCGCCGCCGCCGCCGCCGCCGCCGCUGCCAUACGCAGCCGAUGGGAGCGCGAGUGCGACGGCGGCGGCGGCGGCGGCGGCGGCGGCGGCGGGAGCGGCGGACGCAAUUACCUGCGUGCUGCGUGGCGCGUCACGCACCUGCCGGCCGCACUCCGUUCCCAGCAGGCACACCACCUCGACGGGCCCUCCGUGCUGGGGGAAAGCUCGGCUAGUACAAUACGAGCAAUCGUUAGCGCGCCACGAGGAGGCAAUUCUGCUCGGCGACAAUUCAGCGUGGUAGGUACUGGGCUCGAGAGACGAGCCCCACCCCGGCAGCUGCGCUGGAAAACAGCGAUCGAGCCGCGGGAAUGGAAUCGCACCGGCGUCUUUGUGCCGGGGCGCCAGACCGAGAUAGUGCCCGGCGCGGCGCGCCCACAAUUACUCCGGCGUAAAGGUGACCGUGCGAUGCGGUGCGGUGCGGUGCGGCGGAGAGGCCGGACAAAGGCCUGGCCGGCUGUUCCUUUGUCGCAGCCGGCGCCGCCGCUCGCGCCCGCAAAUAAUUACUCGUCCCUCGGUGAUGAAGAGCGCGCCUCGCGCCCGAUACAGCUUCCUCCCCCGCCACCCACGCCCUGCCGGGGCGGAGCGACCCCUCCGUUCUACAGCGCUCUCCCCCUCAGCCCUGGAACCGGAUGCGCCUUCGGCCCUGGAGCGGCGCCGCCGCUGCCUUCCAAUCCAACUCGGCGGUAA